UGCACGUUGGUUCCUCCCUGCGCGUCCGCAGCUCUCAGCAGUGCAGGUGUUUUGCAUAAGGGAGUUACUCUCUUUCGUGUCCACAGAGAGACGCUACCUGGAGCCAUGGCUGAGCAGGUGGCUGCCAUGUGUGAGCAGCUUAUAAAAGCUGUGAAUGUGAUGAUGGACGCAGAAACAAGCCAAAUUUACCGACUGGAGGCCCUAAAGUUCUGUGAAGAGUUUAAAGAGACAAGCUCCCUCUGUGUCCCAUGUGGCUUACAAUUAGCUGACAAAGCCCAGCCUGCUGUAGUGAGACACUUUGGUUUGCAAAUCCUGGAGCAUGUCAUCAAGUUCCGAUGGAACAACAUGCAGCAGCAAGAGAAAGUCCAGCUGAAGGAGUGUGCCAUGCAGCUGCUAUCAAAUGGUACUCGUACCAUCCUGGAGGAGGAGAGCCACGUCAAAGACGCCCUGUCACGAAUCAUUGUGGAAAUGAUAAAGAGAGAAUGGCCUCAAAAUUGGCCCAACAUGCUGACAGAGAUGGAAGCUCUCACUAGCCAAGGGGAGGCACAAACAGAGCUGGUCAUGUUGAUCCUUCUGAGGCUGGCGGAAGAUGUGAUAACCUUCCAGACACUGCCCCCCCAGCGACGCAGAGACAUCCAGCAGACACUCACCCAAAAGAUGGAAAAUAUAUUCAGUUUCAUGAUAGCCAUUCUGCAUAUUAAUAUUGAAGACUAUCGCAAACAGAAAGAGUUACCUGGACAUGAACUUCAGGCCAGAGCUCACUGUCGAGUCGCUGUGGCUACGCUGAAUACACUCGCAGGCUACAUCGACUGGGUGUCCCUGGUGCACAUUACCUUCAGAAACUGCCAUCUGCUGGAGAUGUUGUGUCUGCUGCUGAGUGAACCGGAGCUGCAGCUGGAGGCAGUAGAAUGUCUCCUCAUUGCUAUGAGCCGCAAGGGCAAGCUGGAGGAAAGGAAGCCGUUCAUGCUGCUGUUUGAUGAUGUGGCCAUCCACUACAUCCUGUCUGCAGCACAGUCAGCAGAUGGACUGGCGAUAUGUAAGAAAUCCCCUGAAUCACGAGCAGUGGAGGUGGUGGAGCGGCGGUACAUCUUCCUGAAGAGACUCUGUCAGGUCCUGUGUGCUCUGGGAGGCCAGCUCUGCUCAUUAGUGGGUUCAGAUGUAGAGGUUGAAGUACCUGCAAAUCUCAGCAAGUACAUGGAAGCCGUUUUAGCCUUCACUACACAUUCCAGUCAGUUUUUAAAGUCAACCACUCUGCCGACAUGGGGGGCUUUGUUCAGACACGAGACUCUGUCAAAGGACGCGGUUGUUGUGGAGAUGGCCACCAAAUACCUCAGAGCAUCUAUGACCAACCUAGUCAAGGGUGGGUUUCCAUCUCGAGACAACAACCCGAGUUGCGAGUACUCCCGCGUGGACUUCGACAGCGACGAGGACUUCAACUCUUUCUUUAAUUCUUUUCGAGCGCAGCAGGGAGAGGUUUUGAGGAGCGCGUGUCGCAUUGUUCCUUUAAACGCUUUCCAGAUAGCAGCAGAAUGGUUACAGUAUCAGAUCUCCUGCCCGAUUGACACCGGAGACAUCACAUCUAAAAUUGCAGAGGGCCUGUGUUCCCUCCUGUCUCCAUCAGUGGUCCAGUGGGACGCAAUGACUGUCUUUAUGGAGUGUGUAGUCUCACAGAUGUUCAAAUGUCUAGAAGAGGAGAAGUUGCCCAUAGAUCAGAGCAUGGAGCUGCUGCAGGCCGUGUUGAACUACGACACCAAAGAUCCGCUCAUCUUGUCCUGUGUGCUGACUAACGUCUCGGCCCUCUUCCCAUUUGUCAUACACAGACCACACUUCGUACCGCAGGUUCUCUACAAGCUGUUUAACGCCAUCACAUUUGAGGUUGCUCUUGAAAACAAGGCACCUCGGACUCGAGCUGUGAAGAACGUGAGGAGGCACGCCUCUUCUUCCAUCAUAAAAAUUUGUCGGGAUUAUCCACAGUUCAUCUUGCCUUGUUUUGACAUGUUUUACAACCACGUGAAGAAGCUGUUUUCAAGCGACGCCUCGCUGACUCACAUGGAGAAGUGUUCGCUGAUGGAAGCUCUGGUGCUCAUCAGUAACCAGUUCAAAGACUUUGCAAAACAGAAGGCUUUCCUAGAUGAACUGAUGGCCUCAGUAGUUGCCGAUUGGACUUCAGACGACAUGAGGCAUGUGCUAUGGGAUACUGUCACCUUCCUGGCCUUUGUUGGAGCUGAUCAGGUGGUCACAGAGUCGCAGAGUAAUGACACAGAUACUGCAGGCCUUAACAGGGGGAGACUGUGUUUCUGUUUGUAUGCCAUGUUGGCGGUGGUGAAGCGGGCACGCUGGCCUGCAGACCUUGAGGAAGCCAAGGCUGGUGGCUUUGUGGCAGGCUACUCCCCCACUGGAGCUCCCAUCUACAGAAACCCCUGCGCUGCUCAGUUUCAGGUCUUGCUACCCAAUCUACUGGCUCUGAUCAGGACUCACAACAGUCUGUUCAUGCCAGAGAACAUGUCUCGUCUGAGUGAGACCUUCUCCAGAGCCCACGAGGUGAUGGAUGCAGAGAAGAAUGUGGUUCUUGGUCUCUCUCAGCAUUCUCUGGAUAUUUAUGUCUCGCCCGUGUACAGAAGCAACCUGGAGCGCAUGCAGGGUUUUUUCAGCUCGUUAUAUGACAACUGCUUCCAGGUCUUGGGAAAUGCAGGCCUGUCCCUGCAGCAGGAAUUCUACACCAUCGAGAGGGUGGCUGAAGGAAUAGCUGGCUCUGCUUUUGUCUCCCUCGACCACGUGCCUGACCACAGACUUCGCCCGAUGAUUCGUCUGUUUAUGAGGCAGUUGGUGCUGUCAUGUCCUCAGGAGUACUAUGAGAGUCUACUCUGCCCUCUGCUGGGCCCUCUGUUUGCCUACAUGAUGCAGAGACUCAACAUCAGGUGGCAGGUCAUCAACCAGAGAACAUCUAUCCACGGUGAGGAUGAGGAGGAGGUGGUCUCUCAGGAGAGCCAGGUGACACAGGAGAUGUUGGAGGAGCAGCUAGUACGCCUGCUAACCAGGGAGGUGCUGGAUCUUCUCACUGUGAGCUGUAUUUCCAGAAAAGUGCCUGAACCUGCAGCAAAUAAGGAGGAAGUAGACGAAGACGACAUGAUGAUGGAUUCUGUGCAGACGGCGUCUCCAGCGCAGCCCACAGAGGAGCUGACUGAGCUGGGAAAAUGCCUGAUGAAACACGAGAACAUCUACAUGUCCCUGCUGACCCUGUCCUUCACCUCGCUGUCGUGGAAGGACACCACCAACUGUCAUCGCACUGCUUCCAUUGUCUGCUGGACCCUCCUGCGACCGGUCGUAGCAGGUAAUCUUCUUCCUGAAGCUGUCUCGUGGUUCUAUACCAGUGUUCUGAGAGGCCUUCAGGUUCACGGGCAGCAUGAGGUCUGUAACUCCACCCUCUCCCAGCUGGCCAUGCUCAUCUAUGAGAACCUGCGGCCUCGCUACAUCGAGCUGAGGACAGUGAUGACCCAGAUCCCGAACAUCAAUGUGGACGCUCUGGACCAGUACGAUAACAGGCUCAUGGACCCCAACGCCCAGAAGGUCGCAGAGAAGAAGAGAAGAGACCAGUUCAAGAAGCUCAUCGCAGGAACUGUUGGGAAAGCUCUGUGCCAGCAGUUCAGGAAGGAGGUUCAUAUCCGGAAUCUUCCUUCGCUCUUUAAAAAGCCAAAGCCAGACAAGGAUAUAGUACAGAGCGGUGAAGCAUUGGGCCUGGCAGCUCUCUUCUCCCCUGAGCGUGACGCCCUGUGAAAACACACAGCGGUUCCAGUGGACUUCACACUGACCGAAGACGGAAUUAUGCGUACAAACCACGGUUUCCCUCUCUGUCCUGCAGCUGGCCCAGUCUACCUAACAUAUCUGUCAACACUCACGAGGUUCUCUUUUCUUCACUAGGUACCUUUAUAAAUCCUAUUACACACUUCUUCUCCAUUCCGUUGCGCAUACCAAUAAAUAGGUAUAUAAACUAUGGAAAGUUGUGGGAAAUAUUUCAGAUUAAUAAGGGACUUUUUUUCCCCUCUCUCUCUGUCAGAUUGUGUUAAGUGACAAUCUUCAAAUGGCAGAAUAAUCAUUGUUUGCCCUGCUGCCGAUUUAUUGAGAAACAAACUACCUUUUGUGGAACAACUCUAGCUUUUUUUUUUCAGUUAUUUUGUGCCUUUUUCAUUUUAAGAGACUGUAGCCACAGCCCAGCACCAUGCUCUCUAAGCAUGCUGUAGAUUUAUGGAAUUACAAAAUCAAACUAAGAACUUUGCUUCAGUUUUAUAUUCAGCAGGAAAAUUGGCAUCUAAUGAUAUACAAAUGAGCAAAGCCAGUGUAGCAGAUCGCCUGUUGCAGUACUAUGAAGCUAAACUUGUAUUAUGAAGCUUGUGGGGGUGGAGACGUUUUGUACUGAAAAAAAAAGGAGAAUAAUUUCAGAGGUUAGUGUUGGCAGAUAUGUUGUGUGACCGUGCUGCUGCUGUCAAGGCUGUUAUAUCCUGCGUUGAAAAGAAAAGAAGAAAAAUCUAGGACAAAUCCUGCUGCACAUUUCUCUAUUUACUAUUAUUUCCUUUAACUGGACGAGCUUGAACGGAGUUUCACAUCGUGAAGGACGUGCUGACGGUACCUCAGGCGUGACAUUAAUAAUGACGGGGUUACGUUACUUUAUCUAAACCUAACCUACAGGAAAAAAAAAGCUGAAUUGUGUUUUUUGUGACUGAUUAUUGUACAGCUGUCUAUUUUGCAGAUAUUAUACAGUCGGUUAAAGCAAUGAUGGCUUGCAUUUUGCCGGUGCUUCAUAUCAGCACAACCUACCAGACCCAAGUACUGUUUGGAAUUGCUUAUUUAAUUCAGAGCACAUAUCAAACUACGAAGUAUACAGCCAGAUUUUGUGCCAAAACACUCAGUGUAGAUUUGUGAGCAGACAACUGGGUCUGAGAAAUCUAUUCGCGUAUAAAAUAAAGACUAUUUAAGGGUGAACUCAACAACUAAUGUGUAGCUUAAUCCAAGUCUUUCAGUUGUUUUUUAGCUAGUCAGUUGUUGAUAUUUGUUAUUUUUACGUGUCGUUUUGUGUUUGUGCUGAUUUUGCCAGCGAGAGGACAAAAAAGAUGAACCAGCACUACAUUCCUUCAUAGUCCAAGGGAUUGUUUUUUUUAACCUAAUUUUUGUUUGGAUGUACUUUUGCUCUUAUGGAGCUAUCAUAGCAGAGAGGGAUUUGUUUUUUCAGCUAUUUGUUGUGUAGAUUCAGACCAAAAUAGAUGGAAGUUAUUUUGGCUUGGGAUGAGCACCCUUUAAAUGCAUAUAGACGAGUUUGCAUAUCAGAUGCUGUGAUACUGAAAACAGGUCCUAGGAAUAGAAACAUUUAUGAAACCUGAUUUUAUUUUUUUUGUUUCCCCAGUUGAAUUUAUCUCCCUGUCUUUGUGAUGAUUGUUCACAUGUGGCCAUUUUUAAAAAUGCUCAUUCAACACUAAAAUGUAUCUGUACAAAGGAGAAAAUAGCCUUUUUAAAAGUGUAGUGUGGUUUCUAUUUUUGUUUUUAAAUAAAAAAGAAUGAUUUCAA